UUGAAAGGUGGCAAGUUGAGAGGUCGGUGACAAUGCUGCAAUUUUUAUUUCAGCUUCUCUUUAACCCGAGCGACCAAGACACCCACCCAGGAAGCGUGGACCGCCGUUCGCUUUACUUUUUAUUUUUUAUUUUUUCACCCCAAAAACAAGCCCCCUAGCAUCCUAAAGAGAGAGCUAAGCCCGUUAGCUUUCGUUAGCCCAGCAGGUUGCAGGCAAGCGGUUGCACGGACUCGUAGGAGCUAGCCGCGUUAGCUUGAGAAUUUUCUUUUUGAAGCACGUCUAAAGAUGGCUGUCUCGGUUCGGGGCUUGUACUUUGUGCUGACACUGUUUUUGGCCAGUUUCUUCGGUAGCGUCUUCAUGCUGGGUCCGGUCUUGCCCCUGAUGCUGCUGUCCCCCGCUUGGUAUCGCUGGAUCACCGAUCGCAUCGUCGCUACCUGGCUCACCCUGCCCGUGUCCCUGCUGGAGCUGGUGUUCGGGGUAAAGGUGGUGAUCACCGGCGACGCCUUUGUCCCCGGUGAGCGCAGUGUCAUCAUCAUGAACCACCGUACGCGUCUGGACUGGAUGUUCCUGUGGUGCUGCCUGCUGCGCUACAGCUACCUGCGUCUGGAGAAGAUAUGUCUCAAGGCCGCGCUCAAGGCCGUGCCCGGCUUCGGCUGGGCCAUGCAGGUGGCCUGCUUCGUCUUCAUCCACCGUCGCUGGGAGAAGGACAAAGAGCACUUGGGCAACAUGCUGGACUACUUCUGCGACAUCAGGGAACCGCUGCAGCUGCUGCUCUUCCCUGAGGGCACCGACCUCACUGAGAACACGAGAGUGCGCAGCGACGAGUUCGCCGUGCAGCACGACCUGCCGAGAUACCAACACGUGCUGCACCCGCGCACCACCGGCUUCACUUUCAUUGUGGAGCGACUGCGAAAAGGAGACAACCUGGAUGCGGUGCAUGACAUCACCGUGGCUUACCCCAAGAACAUUCCCCAGACCGAGCGCCACAUCAUGCUGGGCCUUUUUCCCCGCGAGAUCCACUUCCACGUGCGGCGCUAUCCCGUCGCCACGCUGCCCGCCCCCUCGGCCGAGUUGGAGUCGUGGUGCCGUGAGCGCUGGGCCGAGAAGGAGUCCCGUCUGCGGGACUUCUACUCGAGCCGGCCGCGGGCCUUCGACCAGGAAGGUGCGGCGCAGGUGCCGCCGUGUAAGUCGGAGCUGCGCGUGGCCCUGAUCAAAGCGGCCUCGCUGCUCUACUGGACCAGCUUCAUCGCGUUGUGCUUCGCCGGCCUAUGGCUGUGGGCUCCCGUCAGGUUGUACUUUGUGGUCGUGGUGGGCGUGUACGUGGCCCAGCAAAAGAUGGCAGGUGGGCUGGAGCUGCUCGAGUUGGCCUGCCAUCGCUACUGGACCUCUGUGGCGGCCAACGGAGGCAGCAAGAUGCUGGAUGGAAAAACACAGUGAGGAGAAUACUUUCUUGAGACACUAAAGAUCCCUUUUGUGGGGUCUUCCUUUAGAAAGGGAAUCUUAUGUUCACCUCCUGGCAGCUUGCUUGACGGCAGCAGGGAGGUUCAGGAGGGACGCGUUGUCAUCAGCCCUCAUUUUGGCUCUCCUUUUAUUACCUCCACCUUUUUUUGCUUCUGCCGCAUGGCGGAGCAACCACCACCUAAGCUUAUGUUGGCCACGUAGGUUGUUGACCUUGUUGGAGGUCUUCGCCGCGCUGGGGUCUAGAUGCCACCAAGCUCGCACCAUCGGUUGGUUUACUGUGAAGUGCACGUGUCAGGCUACUAUCUGUGCGUUUAGUUAGCCUCCAUGUGUUUUCUGUACUUUUUUUUUUUUUUUUUUUUGGGUCUUGCGUGUUUCACGGUGUCUUACACGACGGAGCGAAGCCAUACAACCUGCACAUUCUCUACAUGGACUCAACUAAAUGUAUUUUCAAAUACCUCCUACUUGGGUAGAAUUUCGCUUUUACACAAAACUUAGGAAUGGAUUUUUUCCCCAGGGACAGGGGGAAAAAAUCUGCUUGUUUGUACAAGUACAAAAGCCAAAGGUGAGCCGGAAAGUAAAUACUGAUGGUUUUUUAAAAAAAUUUUGGGGGAUUUAGGCUUGAAGCAAAUGUCCUUAUUGGGAAGUUUUGGAGGGGUUGAGGGGGAAGAUGUUGGGACAACAUGACCCUCCUGUCACAGUGGUGGCGCAGGAGGACCACCAGACUUGGAGUGGAAAACUCCCCUUCCCCAAAGAAAGUAAUCCCCUCCCCAAAAGUCCUUUAAUGCCCACUUCUCUGUGUGACACUGAUGCAUUGGCUCCACUCAAUUAGCAAAAGGCAGCUCAGAGGAAAGCUGCGUCCGUUGUGCCAAGCAAGCAAGGGCACGACGGCAUUCUCAACACUUUUUCGCGCCACGUUCCGGGACUUCGAAAUAUAGUGGAAUCUUGGUUUUCGCAUUUCCUAGUUUUCGGCAGGGUCAUUGGAAGAAUCUUUACUGGUCGAUAUGGGCUAAAAUAAUGAUCACGUUGUAAACGUGAGUAUAAAAUUUUUAUAAUGGAUGUAUUUCUGAAUGGGUCGUAUGGUUCUUUAGCAAAGCUAAAUUUUUAUUUUAUUUUUUUUAAAAGCGAGAGAGAUAAUCUAACUUUGAGAACAUUCAUUGUGCAGAGCUCCAAAAUCAAAACUCAACAAAUUACAUUGCUGAUAUAUUUAAUAUACUGUAUAUUAAUAUACUUUUGACCUGAAAGGCUCCUCCACCUAACUGACGUAUGAAUUAAUUUCCUGUUUUUGGAUGCGUGUUGACUGUGUAGCUGUAUAUUAUUUUAUUUUCUAUUUAUCGUUGGUUACUCUGAUGGUUCGAACCAGGCUUCUGUGAAAAGUGUACUGUACUUUACGAAAGCACUUAUCCCGGUGUUCCGCAACCAGCAUGGCUUCUCCGUCAUCUCCUGUUGAUUACUCCUCGUUUCGUGAUACUUAUUCACCGACACGGAGGCAAUGAUUCGUGACUUAUAGAGAAGUGGCUUCGCACCGUCCAUAGCCGCGCUAGUUAGCCAGCGGCAGCUAGUCGCUACAUGUAGCUGUAGGGGCCCAAGAUGAGCGCCGAUCAUUCCCCGAUAGUAACCGAGCAGCGGGGAAAGCACGGAGGAUGGGUGACUCUUCGACAUGGACUCACCCAUUUUAUUUUUUUAUUUGUUUUAACCAGCUCAGACCCCACAAGAAUGUGCUUAUUUCUUUGUACGUAUUUACGAAAUUUGUACUAGCCCGGUUGGGCUAGCGUCUAAGGUAUGCGGUUGCCCGACAGAGUGGCCCAGGGCCACCAAGCCACCGUUAAUGUUAGACCCUGUUCCGUUUUCGAUCAAUUGUUUUCUUCAAAAUUUUGUCCCAGCUUUCGUACAUCUGCUUGGGGUUUUUUUUUGGUACAAAAAAGUGUAUUCCGUAAGGCAAGUGUUUAUACACAACUCAAAGCAAUAACCCUUCUUGUCAGUGUUGGCCCAACUUGCCUGAGUGUUCCACAGCAGACUGAGAGUUUUGUUAUUGCCUUGAGUUGCAAAUAAAAGCUUGCAUUGUGGAAAACGCCUUGAUAUCUGUUGAAUCACUUUUUACACAAUACGACAAAGUCCUGAGUGAAAGCCAUUUGUGAAAGAAAGCGAGAAACACCAUAGAAUUCUAGAAAGAACCUGUAGCAAAGUACAAAAAUGGUUCCUACCUCACCUCUUGUCAUCUUCCAUACAAGUUUCACACUGUUUUGUAUAUGUAAAACUGUAGUUAUUCUCUGUAUAAAAAAAAAAUAUAUAUUUUUUUUUUGUUCAUGUUUGGGGUGUCAGGAACAGAUUUAUGGGUUUACGUAUUUCCUUGGGGAAAGAUUACUUCGGUUGGUUUUCAUACAAUUUGGUUUUAGUCAAGACUUUCUGGAAGGGAUUCAUCACGAAAACAGAGUUUCCACUGUAUGGGACGUGCCCUCUUUUUUUUUUUUUUUUUUUUUUUAAAUUUUUUUUUAUUUUUUUAUUUUAUUUUUUUUUGCGCAUCAGGACAGCGUUUUUUUUCUAGCAAAACUUGAGCGAAUCAGCAGACUCCCGACAUGGCGACAAACAAUCUUUUCAGUGCAAUCGAGCCAGACCGUUCGUAUGUCCUCAAAUAGUGGCCGCGCGUGUUCGUUUACUCAACUGUGGAGUGACUGCAAAUGGAGAAUGGCGGGGGGUGUUUAUUUACUUAACUGUAGAGGGGGCGGGCAGGCCAUAUUUGUACGAUAUGUUUCUGAACAAUAACAACACCAUUUAUAAACUGCGGUGUAAGGAAACUAAAAGGGCGAUUGCUCCCUGGUACAAUAACGUAGCUCCGCACAACAUUUUGGAGCGACGUUAAGACUCCACGCAAGAUGUGCUGCUGUUUUGGCCAGCAACACAGUUCAAGCAGGCUCAGCAGCUAGCUCAACUGAGAUGAUUACAGUUACUACCAGUUUGUUUUUGUUUUUUUUUUCCCCCCGAAGGGGGGUCAAACAAACAGAAAAAAGGUAAAUUGUCUAUUUAAAGGGCGGUGUUUAUGAGUCUUAACGCCGCACCCAGUGAUUCAUCGAGACGCGCCGUCUAUUCGAGGUGAGGCCAUUAUAUGAGGAAAUACGCUGAUUGGCUGUUGGGAAGAUGAAGUUUGGAGCCUCUGUGCUUUACCAGUCACUGUGAUUGAAUGGACACGAAACAUGGUCAAUCAGCUAAAUGUAUUGGGUCUUUAUUAUUAUUAUUAAUAUAGUUAUGAUGAUGAUGAUGAUUAUUGUGUUUUAUUGUUCUUUGUUAUCACUUAAUUCUUGAUGCUGGACCUCUUAAAAUGAUGACCCUCAGGUAAACAUGGUGAGUUGCUGGGAAAAAAAAAAAAGAAAAUACCAGAUUAAAUGAACUCUGACUCCA